CCCCCCCCCCCCCCCCCCCUCCCCCCCCCCCCCCCCCCCCCCCAACACACGUCGCCCCUUGUCCCCCUCCCUGCUGCUGCCUUCCUCCGCUUCCCGCUGCUUUCUUCCCCCACCCCUCCCGCCUCUUCGGCCCUCGGUCCCGUCUGCCUGUGUGUGUGUGUGGACAGCCGCAGCACGCCGCCCAUGUCCUUCCACGCGCAGCUGAGCGGCCUCCUGGACGGCUCCUCUGGCGCCGGUCUGCCAGGGCUGGUUCUGUCGCAUACGGCUCCCGGCGACGCCGGGCGCCUGGCCCUGGACCCGGAGAUCCGGAACUGGGUCGUCCUGCCGAUUGCGGUCCUGGUGUUUCUGGUGUUCCUCCUCCGGGCCAAUAUCUCCAAGUUCCUCGGCAGCGGGGCCGCAAAGAAGUCGCUCUCUUGUCUGGCCGUGCGCGAGCGCGAGGCCUUGGUGUUCACGCAGAAGUUCCUGCGCAACUCGCGGCUCGUGGCCCCGGCGCACUAUGCCGCCACGAGGGAACGCCUGCUGGAUGCCCUCAACGGGGGGACAUUCCUCCAGGCUGGCUCCUCGAUGCCGAGCAGCUCCUCCCUGCCAGGCAUGACGGACCCGGCCAAGCUGCAAGACAUGAUGUCCGGCGUCCAGCGGAAUAUGCUGGCCCUCGUUCCCAAUAGCAUUCUCAUGCUCUGGGUCAACACCACCUUCCGUGGGUUUGUCGUCAUGCGCGUUCCGCUCAUGCCGCCGGUCUUCCGUCUGAAGCUCAUGCUGCAGUCUGGCAUUGAUGUUCUUGACCUGGCCCCGGCCUGGGUCAGCUCGCUGUCUCUGUUCUUCCUGUGCCUCUUUGGCCUUCGCGGAGUCUUCGACCUGUGUGUCGAUACCCUCGGGCUGGCCGUCUCGCCCGAGGCGGCGGCCAGUGCCUCGGCGGCCAUGAUCAACCCCGGCGCGGCCAUGCUGUCGGCCGGGACGCCCGACGCGGCAGACCCCGCCAAGGCGCUUCAGAAACAAUCCGAGAUCCUGGCCAUCCACUCGCAGCACUGGCUUUUCCAGGGGUCCGAUCUGGAGAGUCGGUUCCUGGCGGACUGCUGCGACGCCCCGGGGAAUCCCUUCACCAUGCACGCCCGCUCCGAGUCGCUGGAUGUCCGGUCGCCGGCCAUCGGCUCCGCUGGCAGCCGCCGCCCCGGAUGAAAGGCGGCACCUGGUCCGUGACUGCCAACGUAGCUCGCGGAUCCAUGUCACAUGCAUAUCAUGUGUACCCUUCAUGAAUAUAUUCGCCCACAAUCUUGUGCCGUUUCACGCUGGCCGAGUCGGCCCCGGCGCUCGCCCUUCGAGACGCCCUUGAGGGGGGGGGGGGGGGAG